ACUUUGGGGACUAGUCUUACAACGAAGCACAGACUGUGAUGUCCUAAAAGCUCUCCCUUUUCACACUCUCAGAUUUAGGGUUUUUUUUUUUUUUCUUCGGAAUUUUCUUUUUUCUCCUUUUCCAUUUUCCCAAAUUGUCGAUUCUCAAUUCGAUUCAUUAUUCUCUAUCACACCCAUUUCGACUUCCCAGUUUCAGCAAGACCCCAGUUUUUUUUGUCCUCUCCAAUUCCGAGUGAGUUUCUCUCAUUUUCUCUCUAAUUUUUGGUUGUUGUGGUGGGUUGAAGUGGGGUUUUUGAUUUCUUGUUGUUUGGGUUGAUUUGGUGGGGUUGGGUGAAGACAAUGAAGUGUGAUUUCUGCAUGAGUCCCGAUUGAGUUUGGCGGAUUUUUCUAUGUAUCCGAGGGCGACGGGUGAUAUUGACGGUGAAAAAAUUCAAACUUGAUCCUGAUAUUGGUUUUGGAGUUGGGUCGGUCCGAUUUCAAGCUUACGAACUCUGGAUUUUGGGGUUAGGGUUUUGGGAGAUGGCGGUGGUGAGUGAUAGCAUGAUCGAGAAACUUGCGUCUGCGAGAAGGUCCUUGAAGUCAAGCUUGGAGAAAUCAAGGGUGCUAGGGUUAGCUCUAGAGAAAAGCGGGCCUAGAUUGGAAGAGAUUAAUCAAAGAUUGCCUUCGCUCGAGGCUGCGGUUCGACCUAUUCGAGCCCAGAAGGAAGCCCUUGUCGCAGUUGGCGGUCACAUCAAUCGAGCUGUCAGCCCUGCUGCGGCGGUUCUGAAUGUGUUUGAUGCUGUUCACGGGCUCGAAAAAUCGCUAUUGUCUGAUCCCCGCAACGAUCUUCCGGGUUAUCUCUCAGUGUUGAAAAGGCUUGAGGAGGCAUUGAAGUUUCUAGGUGAUAAUUGUGGGUUAGCGAUUCAGUGGUUGGAGGAUAUAGUGGAGUACUUGGAGGAUAAUUUGGUUGCCGAUGAACGGUAUCUUUCGAAUUUGAAGAAGUCCCUGAAGAAUCUCAGGGAAUUGCAGAAUGAUGAAGAGCGAGUUUGCCUCGAUGGCGGGUUAUUGGAAGCUGCAUUGGAUAAAUUGGAAUGUGAAUUCCGGCUUCUCUUGACAGAAAACAGUGUCCCAUUACCCAUGUCUUCUUCAUCGUCUCUGGGAGAACAACCCUGCAUUGCCCCAUCCCCUUUACCAGUAAUGGUUAUACAGAAAUUGCAAGCAAUCAUUGGGAGAUUAACUGCAAAUAAGAGACUUGAGAAGUGCAUUUCUAUAUAUGUUGAGGUUAGGAGUUCCAAUGUUAGAGCUAGUUUGCAGGCUCUUGAUUUGGAUUACUUGGAGAUUUCGAUCUCCGAAUUCAAUGAUGUGCAGAGCAUAGAGGGGUACAUAGCUCAGUGGGGCAAGCAUUUGGAGUUUGCAGUGAAACAUUUGUUUGAGGCAGAGUACAAGCUCUGUAAUGAUGUCUUUGAGCGGAUUGGAUUGGAUGUUUGGAUGGGCUGCUUCGCGAAGAUAGCUGCACAAGCGGGAAUUCUUGCAUUUCUUCAGUUUGGGAAGACGGUUACAGAGAGUAAGAAGGACCCUAUCAAGCUUUUGAAGCUAUUGGAUAUCUUUGCAUCCUUGAACAAGUUGAGAUUGGAUUUCAACCGCCUUUUUGGUGGAGGGGCGUGUAUUGAGAUCCAAAACCUGACUAGGGAUCUCAUCAAAAGGGUCAUUGAGGGGGCGUCUGAGAUUUUCUGGGAACUUUUGUUUCAAGUGGAAUUACAGAGGCAAACAGCGCCUCCUUCAGAUGGGAGUGUUCCAAGACUGGUGAGUUUUCUUACUGAUUACUGUAAUAGGCUACUUGGGGACAAUUAUAAGCCGAUCUUGACACAAGUUCUUGUUAUUCACCGAAACUGGAAGCAUGAGAAAUUCCAAGAAAGACUACUUGUUGAUGCCAUUUUAAACAUCAUUAAAGCUAUUGAGAAAAACUUAGAAACAUGGUCAAAGGGCUAUGAGGAUGCUACCCUUGCCAAUCUUUUUCUGGUGAACAAUCACUGGCAUUUGCAUAAACACUUGAAGGGAACAAAGCUUGGAGAUCUUCUGGGGGAUUCUUGGUUAAAAGAACAUGAUCAGUCCAAGGACUACUAUGCUGCAAUAUUCCUGAAAGAUAGCUGGGGGAAGCUUCCAUCCCUCCUAAGUAGGGAAGGUCUGAUGCUGUUCUCAGGUGGGCGUGCUACUGCUCGUGACCUUGUCAAGAAAAGGUUGAAAUCUUUCAACGAAGCUUUUGAUGACAUGUAUAAGAAACAGUCCAAUUGGGUCGUGUCUGAAAGAGAUUUGAGGGACAAAACUUGUCAGCUUAUAGUGCAGGCAGUUGUUCCAGUCUACCGGAGCUACAUGCAAAACUAUGGGCCCUUGGUUGAGCAAGACCCAAGUGCUAGUAAGUAUGCAAAGUACACUGUACAGACAUUGGAGAAUAUGCUUGCCUCUCUCUUUCAGCCCAAGCCAGCAAAAUAUGUCAGUUUCAAAGGAAGGCAGCCUAGUGGGAAAUUCAGUAAUGGGUUUACCUGAUCAAUAUCAUUCUUCGCCUCAUGGUUAACCUGAAAGGAAACCAUGAGCCAAUUCCCUUGCUCCAUGGUAGAUGGUUAGCCCAUUAGCUGUAUAUACCGAUAUGCUGAGUGAAUUGGCAUGUGCAGUAUUUUUCUAUAAUCUUCGGUUUAGAGAAGAAACUUUCUUGAAACUUUGCAAUCCCAUUUCCCUAAAGGCUCUACCAAAUCAUGGGUUUCUUGAAGAUCAUAGGGCAAAGCGAGGAUGAACUGAAAACAGAGACCCAUUGGAUGAGAUUAAUAGAGAAAACUUUCUGGUAUAGCUAUUCAUUUUUCUUUCAUCUUGGCUCAUUGAUUCAGUUGCUAGGUAGGCAGCAGGAAAAAAUCUUUGUUAUGUGCUAGAUUUCAUGUAAGAUUCUUUGUUAUAAAGUGCAUUUGGAACUCUAGCAGUGGCUUUAGUUCUCUUCUCAUUAGAGUUUAGAUAAGUUUAUAAAUAUCUGAGAACCUUGAUUAAAUGUUGUUAUUUAUGCUAGUGGUGGGUGUUACUAUUGAGAAAAUUACUACUGUAUUAGAGCCAUGAGUUUACUGCAACAAUAAAUUGUUCUUCUACUUUCUGCA